AUGAGGGCUUUGGUAGUUCUAGGGUUGGUAGCCCUCGUGGCUGUAGUCUCCGCUAGAGACAUGAGGGAGAAGAGAUCAACUGAUCUUGAAGCAGCAGCGUCGGGUCACGGCUGGGACAAGGGUGGUGGUCAUGAACAUCACGAGCAUCAUCAUCAUGAUCACGGCGAAAAAGGACAUAAAGGACACAAGGGCCACCAUGAAGAUUUCCACGGCAAGAAAGGUCAUCACCAUCAUGAAGGGCACAAAGGCCAUCAUGGUGAACACGGAGGUCACAAGAAACAUCAUCACCAUGAUGAUGGGUACCAUCAUCACCAUGAGCACGGUGAGAAGGGUGAACACGGUCACGGUCACGAGGAACAUGGCCACUGGCACAAAGGACACGACACAAAGGGACAUCAUGGUGUCGAGAAACACGACGAAUUCAAAAAGGACAAGCACUUCCAUGAUCAUCACGGAGAGAAGGGGCAUCACGAGCACCACGGAGGUCACCACGAAGAGGGUGGUUACAAGAAGGGGGGUGAGUUUCACAAGGGUCACAAGCACGGUGGACACCAUGAGCACCAUCAUGGUAAGAAGGGUCACCAUGAAAAGGGAGGACAUCAUCAUGACCACAAGGGUCACCACGGUGAAGGUGGUCAUCAUGAGCAUUGGCACCAUCACCACGACCACGACAAAAAGGGUGGACACGAAGACCAUAAGCACUGGGGACACAAAUCUGGGCAUUAA